AUGGGGACCGAGGCGGCCUUAAAGACGUUCACAGCAGAGGAGCUCGACGAGGCCACGAAUAACUACGCGCGGGAAAACUCGCUCGGUCGCGGCGGCUUCGGCACGGGUUACCGCGGAAAGCUCGCGGACGGUUCCCCCGUGCUUGUAAUGAAGCUGAACCCGGAUAACACCCGCCAAGCCGCGGAGAAAUUCACCCGCGAAGUGACCAUCCUCACGCGCGCGGACCACCCGCAUCUGGUCAAGCUCCUUGGGUACAAUCCCGAGGCACGCUGUAUCGUGUACGAGUCGCUCCCGGGGGGGAGCCUCGAGGACCGUCUGCUGACGGAGGGGGGACGGAAAACGAUGAAGCAGAAGCACCGGCUGCGGAUCGCGGCGGAGGCGUCAGAAGCGCUGCUUUUCCUCCACCAUCUCGAGCCGCCGAUUCUCCACCAGGACGUGAAACCCGGAAACGUCAUGCUGAACGAAGAUCUCUCCUGUAAGGUCGGAGGAGUCGGUCUGGCGAAGUUUCUCCCCGCGAACGACUCGUCGAUCUGGGGUACGGUUGGUUACAUCGAUCCGCUGCUUCUCCGCACCGGGAAGUACGGCCCGCAGUCGGAUCUGUACGGAUUAGGGUUGGUGAUCCUGCAGCUGUUGACCGGCGAGAAGGUGAAUAAGGUGCUUGAGUUUGCGAAAUUCGGGUUGGAUGGGAUUCUGGAUCAUCUGGAUAAGACGGUUCAGUGGAACCCGGAGAUUGUGAAGGAGGUUGCUGACGUGGCGCUGAAAUGUAGGGACAGGAUGAGCCGGCCGGAUCUGGAGACGGUGGUGCUGCCCAUGCUGAAAAAAUACGCGGAGCAGACAAAGGGGGAGAAAGAAGCGGAGGCGGCUCCGCCUGCUGCUGCUGGUGCUGCUGGUGGUGGUGGGGCGAGUAAGGGGCAUGAUAAGAAGGGCGCGGCUGCUGCGGCGGCGGCUGCGCCUCAGAAGAAGGGGCUGUUUGGCUGUGAAGGGCGGAGGGGGAAGGGAGUAGGCAACGGGAGGAGCGGAAUGGAGGAGGGGAAGAAGGAGGGGUUGGGAGGAGGGGAAGGGAGGAGGGGAAGGAAGGAGGGGAAGGGAGGAGGUGAAGGGAGGAGGGGAAGAAAGAAGGGGAAGGGAGGAGGUGAAGGGAGGAGGGGAAGGAAGAAGGGGAAGGGAGGAGGGGAAGGGAGGAGGAAGGAAGAAGGGAAAGGGAGGAGGGGAAGGGAGGAGGAAGGAAGAAGGGGAAGGGAGGAGGGGAAGGGAGGAGGCGAAGGAGAGAUGGGAAGGGAUGAGGGGAAAGGGAAGGUGAAGGAGGAGGUGAAGGGAGGAAGUGAGGGGAAGCGGUGA